AUGGAAAGGCCAAAAAGUAACCGUCACUGACAGGGAAUCUUAGCUUCUGAAGGAAAUGGGGCCAAACUGGCGGGCUCGCUGAAAGUGGAGCCGACAGCGUCCCGGACGAGGAGCCUUUCCUCCGGCCUCACGAUUCCUUGAGCCGUAUCCCACUCCUCUCCUAAAGGCCUCUCCUCCCCUCUGCUCCUCUUUCUGUCAUGGGGAAGGACGUGCUGUGGCGAAUCGACGACGUCAUGCUUCUGGCCACCCGGGACGCGUUUCGUCGUCGCGUCCGACCGCCCAGCCCUGCUCCUAAGCGUCUGUUUCCCACCUGCCUCGCUGGCGACGAGGAGCGGACGACCGCCCAGUACUUCUGUAAACCAAAGUAAUUACCUGAUCCUAGCGUGCUUCUGAGAGCGCCGGCACCGCGCCGGCACCGCACGGGCCCCGCGAGUCUAUUGAGAAGACCGAGGGGGUCCCCAGUACUGAGGAGGAAAGCGCGGGCUCCGAAGACCCCAGCUCCGUGGGAAUGAAGCCAGAGCCUCUUAGCAGGGCGCCUGGCGCAGAGGCGGCCCCGAGUUCGGUGUCGGCGUCAGCAACUGAAGUCAGGCCUUAAGCAACCCGAGAGACCCUGUCUCAAAAUAAAUAAGCGCACUCCUGCAAUCCCAGCGAGCUACCUGAAAAGUUUUGCUCUUAUGCAUAAAGAUGUCUUUGGUGGACUUGGGGAAGAGGUUGCUAGAAGCAGCAAGAAAAGGCCAAGAUGAUGAAGUGAGAACAUUAAUGGCAAACGGUGCCCCAUUUACCACAGACUGGCUUGGAACGUCACCCCUCCACCUUGCAGCCCAGUACGGUCAUUAUUCCACAGCAGAAGUGCUCCUUCGAGCAGGCGUUAGCAGGGAUGCCCGGACCAAAGUGGACAGGACCCCUUUGCACAUGGCGGCAGCUGAUGGACAUGCGCACAUCGUGGAACUGCUUGUCAGGAAUGGAGCAGAUGUGAAUGCCAAGGACAUGCUGAAGAUGACAGCUUUGCAUUGGGCCACAGAGCACCACCAUCGAGAUGUGGUAGAGUUACUUAUCAAAUAUGGAGCUGAUGUCCAUGCUUUCAGCAAAUUCGAUAAAUCUGCCUUUGACAUAGCCCUGGAGAAGAACAAUGCUGAGAUUUUGGUCAUCCUUCAGGAAGCAAUGCAGAAUCAGGGGAAUGCUCAUCCCGAGAGAGCAGACUCUGUGCCUAACCCUGUGACUGUGGCUGCUCCAUUCAUCUUCACCUCAGGAGAGGUUGUUAACCUUGCUAGCCUUGUUUCUUCAACCAACACCAAAACAACCUCAGGUGACCCCCAUGCCUCAACAGUACAAUUCUCAAAUUCUACCACCUCAGUGCUGGCCACCCUUGCAGCCCUUGCUGAGGCAUCAGCCCCCCUCUCCAAUUCACACAGAGCCACAGCCAAUUCAGAGGAAAUCGUGCAGGGAAAUUCUGUUGACUCAUCAAUCCAGCAAGUGGUGGGGAGUGGAGGCCAGAGAGUCAUCACCAUAGUAACUGAUGGAGUCCCUUUGGGUAAUAUCCAAACUGCAAUCCCUACUGGAGCCAUUGGCCAGCCAUUUAUUGUAACUAUGCAAGAUGGACAGCAAGUUCUAACUGUACCUGCUGGUCAGGUUGCAGAAGAGACUGUAAUUGAAGAGGAAGAGGAAGAAGAAGUAGAGAAGUUGCCACUGGCAAAGAAACCAAGGAUAGAAGAGAUGGCAAACAGUAUGGAGGAAGGCGAGGAAGGCAGAGAAAGAGAGUUACUACAGCAGCAACUCCAGGAGGCCAAUCGCAGAGCCCAGGAAUAUCGACACCAGCUCCUAAAGAAAGAGCAGGAGGCAGAACAGUACCGCCUCAAACUGGAGGCUAUGGCCCGGCAGCAGCCCAAUGGAGUUGAGUUCACCAUGGUGGAAGAGGUAGCUGAGAUAGAUGCCGUAGUAGUCACAGAGGGGGAGGUGGAAGAAAGAGAAACACAAGUGUCUAGGUCAGGGGGGACCACAGAGCCUCAUACUGGAGUUUCCAUGGAAACUGUUUCAUCUUAACAUAUAAGGGCCACAACUUGCCCUGUGUUCAUCUUUUAAGAAGAAAAUACAGAGCACAAACAUUGUAUUAAAAUUAAGGAUGUCCUUAACAAGAAAACUAUGGCAGGGUACAAUGCUUGGGCCCAGGAAAACUGUAUGCAACUGGAAAAUUCGAAGCUGUAUUUAGGGAAUGCUUCUCCUGGGGAGCCAAGAGAGAAUAAGGACCAAGUUUCUCAGCUCACAUUGUUGCUUUAAGCGUACAGGUAAAAGUGAUAGAUGUUGUACGUUGAUUUUUUUUUUUUUUAAUAACUGACUUUGUAUCAAAAGAUUUUAAGAUAAUACUCCUAAUGCAUAUACACCAAAAGCCUUUAGUAAUUAUACCAUCAAGUGACCUGAAAAUUUGCCUUAAAUUUAUAAAACUAAUUAGGAGGGAAUUUAGAAGCAAGCUUUGGGGAAGAGGAAAGGAAUAUAUUCCACUUCCAAAGGAGCAGGCACUCCCAUCUAUCCUGAGUUAAUAUCACUAGAAAAAAAUUUUUUAAUUGCUUGAUAAAUUUGUGUCCAUAGCUCAGAUGCCAGUGUAAGAAACUGAAACUGCUAGGGAUAUAGAUAUAGCUCAGUGGUAGAACAGGUCCCUAGCAUGCCCCAAGUCCUGGAUUCAUCCCCAGCACCACAAAGAAAGGAUGAGAAAAAAAGAAUGAAACUGAAAUUGAAUUUUUAAAAACUGGAAAGGAAACUUGUAUGUGUAGAAGUUUACAUAAUACCUGAAUUCCCCAGUCUGUAUUUUGAGUGCUGGUAGGUGGCCUAAAAGAGGCUGGCAGGGUUAUGGAACUCUUGUCUUGGGAUACUAACUUUGCACUGGCUGGAUUUUAUAAAAUUGCAAUCAGGAGGGUAAUCUGUUGUCCAUACAACUUGCUUCCAAACAUUAUUUAUGUAAUAUCAGGCUCAGACUCUAAUUUUAUAAAACUUUGUUGAAUUUGUGUCACUUAGGACACAUUUGCUUUUCUGUGGAGCUUAUGUCCUCUUAAGUGCAAAACAAAGGAGGGUGGCAAAGAGCAAUGCUGAUGAUGUAUAGUUUGUUUCCAUUUGAUUUAGGAUGAGUCAGCUGCUGUUUUUGUAAGCCUGGACCUGCUACAGAGCUUUGUGCCUUACAGGUGUUCAGUGUAUGCUGACAAGGGAAUAACUAUCAGUGCCAUAAAUUACGGAACCAAA